AUGGCUGCUUCUUCAUCUGCAACCCUGUUUGGACUCAAAGAAGAGGCGCUUAAGAACUUCCAUCAUGAACAACUUGAGCAUUCAUCAGCAGAAGGAGCUGCUCCUGUAGUGGCUUCUUCUACGCCCUCAGCCGCGGCUUCUCAGAGAAGAAAGAGAAACCAUCCCGGAAAUCCUAGUCCUGAUGCUGAGGUUAUAGCCCUCUCUCCGGACACUCUAGGGGCUACAAACCGGUUUAUGUGUGAGGCGUGCGAUAAGGGUUUUAAAAGGGAGCAGAACUUGCAGCUUCACAGAAGAGGACACAAUCUUCCCUGGAAGCUCAAGCAAAAGACAAGCCAUGAAUUCAAGAAAAAGGUUUACAUCUGCCCUGAACCUGAUUGUGUCCAUCACGAUCCCUCACGGGCUCUUGGAGAUUUGACCGGAAUUAAGAAGCAUUUCUUUCGGAAACAUGGCGAAAAAAAAUUCAUUUGUGAUAAGUGUAACAAGGCAUACGCGGUGCACUCUGACUGGAAGGCUCACCAUAAGACUUGUGGUACAAAGGACUACAUAUGUAAAUGUGGUACUACCUUCUCCAGGAGUGACAGAUUUCUCUUUCACCGUUCAUUCUGUGAGCCACUUGCUGAAGAGGUGGCUAGGCAUAGCAUUCUUGCAAAUGCUACUAGCCCUGCCACCACUGCAGGCUCAUUGAUUCCAGGCAACCAUCAGCAACUUCCUUCUCUGUUUGGAACUAAUUCAUUUACUAGCCUCUUAUUAGGACAAUCCGUGGGAUCUGAUUUUCAGUCCUUUCAGCCACCAAACAGCAGGCUUCUCCAACCCGUUCCGGAACCAAAACUGAAUUUUCCCAGAGACACUGAUUUUUCUGGGACUCAUGGAUUUCCAAGCUACAUCGCGCCUAGCAACAUGUUUAAUCUUGGGUUUGAUGGGGAUGAUGACCUUAACAGUCCUGAAAAUGACCUGGAUCUUGCAAUGAACGGCUCAUUAACUGGUUUGAUGAUGAAUGCUGGGGCUUCUACUUACGACAUUCUGAAUGGUGCCCCUUCUACUCAGUUUUCAGCCACUGCACUUCUUCAAAAGACGACGCUGGCAGGAGGUAGUUCCAGCAAUGUAACCCUGAUGAAUAGCAUGGGGAGCACUUUGUCUGGUGGAUUGAAGUUAGAUAACUAUGGGGGAGCUUUGGGAGAUCGAAUGAGUGGUGGUGGCAGAGGUGGUGGGAGUACCUUUCCAGCUGAUAUGUACAACAAUCAGAAUGGGAGUGGUGGAGGUACCCGAGGAUAUAGAAGUGGCAUGGAAUACUUUUGUGAUCAGGUGAAUGCUCCAUAUGGAGAAAUGAUGUACAAUGGGAAGACUGCUGAUGGAAUAUUGGUUGGUGAGCAGAAUAAUAAUGCUGCUAUGGUGGAGCCACAGAUGAUGUUUGGCAGGGAGUAUGGUGAGAAUCAUACAAGGGAUUUUUUUGGCAUGCGAAAUGGGAUGAGGACUGGAGGUGGGAUGGUGGCUGAUUACAGUGUCAAUGGAAGUGGGACCAAGUCGCCGGACAGCAAAGCUAACACAUCAGCUGAGGCCAGGCCUUUUGUUCCUAGACGCCGCGGGGGUUUUUAA